AUGGACAACUUCCUCACAUGAAACGGAGAUAGAAGACGAAUGAUUCAAGGAGUAGUAGUAUGAAAUUUAAACAUGCGCAUAUUCAACCAGAAGCAGAAUCUAAUUAGAGAUUACAUUCUGAUAGUGUGGAGAUAUCGGACUUGUACAGACAAAAUAUAACAUUUACAAUUACAAGAGUUAGUUUAACUAAAAUACUCUUUAUGUGAUUUGACACUCUUAUAGUGUUAUAUUUAUAUGAAUUAAACCUUUCUUCUGAUGGGUAUUACUCGUGACACUUAAACCUUGUCAGAGGGAGAAGCACUAUAAUGGACAAUGCCCUACAAAAAGAAAGGUCGUGGCAUUGAAUACCAUGAGAGUAAUGACUACAUACCUCUAGAUAUGAUAUCAGCAACAUUUUACACAGUUAAUGAACAAGUACAAACGAAAUGAAUUGAAUGAAUGAAUUUUGAAUCAUACGUUCGUGUGUUAUGAAGUAUUUUUUAUCAAUUAAGAUCAGGCUGUGUGUAGUACACAAUGCCUGGUCGGCAUUAUGGAGGUAAUUAGUAAGACGGACACGCUGAUUCAAAUGUCAAGUUCAUUAAAAUAGAGUAAACUUGACAAGCGCAUGUUGCAUAUAUAAAUCAGAUAGCAUAACAACAUACACAUUCUUAAAUAUACUGAUGUUCAACUAUAAAGUUUAUUAAUUUACAAGUGUAUUUAACCUGGAUUGCUAUUAUUUUGUGGGGAAACUUACUACUAAAUUCGAUUGAAUAAAACCUCGGGCUUUGAUAAAAAAAUCAAGAUGCAUUGAGUGUCAAAAGAAUGGCGAGACUAUUAUACAAGGGUAUUGUUGUAAUGGAGAAGGAAAUUGAGGCUAUUGAAAAGAUGGAAAUAAGAGAAGAUGAUAUAUGGGUAUGCACGUUUCCGAGAUCAGGAACAACCAUGACACAAGAAAUGGUUUAUCUCAUCCAGACUUUAGACUUUGACACGGCGAACAAGGUGCAACUAGAUGAGCGUUUUCCAAUUUUAGAGGUUAAAGAUAAAAGAUUCCCAUACUACAGGGGAGUAACAUAUAUUGAACAGCUUAAAUCACCACGAAUGAUCAAAACACAUUUACAUCACAGUCUCUUACCAGAACAGCUUCAGAGAGGAAAGGGAAAGAUAAUCUAUAUGGUCCGCAAUCCAAAAGAUGUUAUCACUUCAUUCUGGCGAUUUAUGCAAUGGGAAGGUAUGGGAAUGCUGAAGCAUUAUGUAAAUUCAUUCAUCGAUGGAACAGGGUAUGGAUGUCCAUGGCCAAGACAUGUUUUGGAAUAUUGGGAGAGACGAAACGAUAAGCAGUUACUGUUCUUGAAAUAUGAAGACGUAGUUCGGGACAGGCCAUCUGCCAUUCAACGUAUAGCUGAAUUUCUGGGACGAUCUCUUAAUGAUGAUGAAGUACUGAGAAUCAGUGAACAUUGUAAAGUAGAUAAUAUGAGAAGGAAUAGUAUGGUUAACUUGUCGUAUUGGAGAAACUUCAAAUACCUGGACGACAGUUCCGUAUAUGCUUUCAUUAACAAAGGUCAACCUGGAGCCUGGCGUGAUGUACUGACACCAGACCAAAGCACGAAGAUUGAUCAGUUAAUACAACAGUUAGAAAAAUAUGGUUUAGAAAUAGAAGAUACUUGAAAAUUCAGUGAUAAUGUUGUUGAUUUGAC